UCUCUUGAUAAAUUAUUCCUGUCUCAAGCAUAUAUUACAGUAUGGCAGAACUUAAUAAACUCUUGUUUAGUCAAUAUGAAGGUUACCCAUUUUUUUUUACCUCUUGUAUUUUUAGUUUUUAAUGAUGGCACCGAUCGGGAGUUGUUGAACCUAGAUGGGACGAUCCCAGUCCGUUACAAAGUAUUCCGCAGUGGCACUUCACGCUACUUACUGUGUCUUGAAGGCACGAUACCUGUUACGUAUAAAGGUGCAGUUUACAAUAUUCCAAUCUGCAUAUGGCUGUUGGACAACCAUCCGCUCUCCUCUCCCAUGGUUUAUGUGAAGCCGACUCCAGACAUGCUCAUCAAGGCCUCUCGGCAUGUCGACCAGAAUGGAAAAGUUUAUCUUCCCUACUUGCAUGAAUGGAACUUGAAUUCAUCAGAUUUGCCAGGUCUCAUCCAGAUUAUGAUCAUAACAUUCAGUGACAUGCCACCAGUGUACUCAAAGCCCAAGAGCGCACUGCCCACCGCAGGAUCACCGUAUCCCACCCCAUACCCCACCAACCCUCCAGGUUAUAUGCCUUUGCCUGGUGGAGGCCCAAGCCCAAAAUAUCCGCCAAGUCAGAUUAGUGGUACCGGAGGAUUUCCACCUUACCUAACACAACCCGGCUAUCCACCCACAAGUACACCUUAUCCAGUCUAUCCUCCUACAAGCUCAGCAGGUUACCCUGCUUCCCAGCCGGGAGGACCCCCCAUCACCUACCCACCGUACACUGGGGGCAUGCAGUACUCACCAUAUCCGCCCACCACCACCACCACAUCAAAUCUCACUACUCAGUCUACAGCAACUGAGACAAAUACAACAGCUGCAAGCACUGGCACCAUAACAGAGGAACACAUACGUGCGUCGCUCAUCUCAGCCGUGAGUGAUCGAGUGCGUGCCAAACUCCGUGACAGCUAUGGAGGCGCUCAAGCUGAAGUUUCUGUUUUAAGGCAGCAACAAGCUGACCUCAAUGAAGGCAAGACCAAAGUUGAGGGCUUGAUCAGCAAAUUGGAACAGGAGCAGGCUGAAUUGGACAAGAAUGUAAGAGUGUUGCGGGAGAGGGAAGCAGAGAUAAAGUCUGUGUUGUCUCGACUCUCUUCUGCCACUGACCCACUAGAUGUUGACGAGGCUGUCACCACCACUGCUCCACUUUACAAACAGCUCUUGAAUGCAUAUGCUGAGGACCAGUCCACACAAGACGCCAUCUACUACUUGGGCGAGGCAUUGCGGCGAGAUGUGAUUGAUUUGGAUUCCUUCUUGAAGCACGUCCGUUCACUCUCUAGGAAGCAGUUUCAGUUGCGUGCAACAAUGAUCAAGUGUCGAGCAAAGGGCAACAUGGCCGGUUAAGAUGCUGACAAUUACAAAAUUCAAGCCAAGAGCUAAAUUAACUAAUUUAACAUGUUAAGAGGAAAUGUCGAUGGAGGUUGUCCAUUGUUUUGUAAAUUUUUUUUUGGCAUUUGGCAUGUAUUAGAAUAUGUUUUGUAAAGAGAUAUGCCCAUGGUUACACUGGUAACAUCACUUACUGUCUUGAAACAUGAAUUUUACAGUAUACAAUACUGACAGGAUAAAGAAUUAGGUACAUGUACAACAUCCACGCAGAUGUGGAAAAAGACACUUGCAUACAGUAUAGGACAUUUAUUAGAAGAAAUCAUUCACCAUGAGUGGCUUCUUCAGCCCUAAUGAAUGAAGAAGUGACUCGUAGCCAAACAUUUUCUCUAAUAAACGUCCUGAACUGUACAUGUCUUCUUCCACAUCUUGUCAGUAUCUCUAUACCAUUUUUCAUAUACCCAGAUGUUGCAUGUGUCUAAGUCUUCAAUGUUGUUAUAAAAUACAUGAAGAGUGACUGCUUGAUGGAAUAUCACAUUAAUUGCACACCUUGAUAAUCCAUAGGGAUGUCAGGAAGCAUUUCUUAACAUAAAAUUGAUACAGAAGUGGAAUGAGCCGAGCAAUGGUUUACCGGAAGUAGGCUUCAUACAGAAGUUCAAAAAUAGACUACGAUAAUGUUUAGUCAUGUCAUUUGGUGAAAAGUUACAAGUGAGGUUGAGAGCUGGAGCACACCCCAUCCCUCACAAACUCCAGCAGGUAAUUGUGAACAGAUAAUUACUAAGUUUAUUGUCGUGGAUAUAUGUUAAGACAGUCACUACUGUGUUGCUGUUCAUAUAACACAAAUGUUUAUAAGAGUUAAUGCUGACUUUGGUAUUUUUUUUUUUUACACUGUUAAAUUUACACUUGUACAGUAGUUAUAAUUCGGUAUAUGGCCCAUAUACAGUAUUUAAAACUGUUGAACAGCAUGCAUUUUUUUUUUUUAGUUAGUGGGAGACGACCAACUUGUUGAAAAAAAAAAAAUGAACAGAUUUACAUACAGUUUGUAAGUUAUUACAUUUUUCAAAGCAGGCAUAUUUGUUUACAGCAACAAAAUUCUUAUAGCAUUUACCAAAAGAGUAUAAGCCCAUGGGAGUCUUUUAUAUACAAUAGUUUCCUCUUUUGUAAAAAUGUUUUCAUUUUAAUUACCAUAGUUCAUAUAUUAAUGUUUUCCUAGGUAAGUUGUGUUUGCCAUGAUUGCUUCUUUAUUUAAUGAUCAUUAAUGUUAAAAAUCAGAAUGUAAACAUAUACAACAGCAUCAAAUACCAUUUGCUAAGGGCACAUUUCAUGCACCUUCAUUGUUUAUUGUUUGAGAGAAACAUCUUAGUACGUGCUAGAUAAAUUUAUUUCAUACGUUUGGAAUCGCCUUAGAGCAGUGGUCCUCAACCUUCCUACACAAGGUUGCCACAUUUGAUGAUCAAAUGUGUGAUGAGGGCCGUACGGUCGUGUUGACGCUGUGCAGUGUGAAACUUACAUAAAAGUGAACUCAUAAUUUCAUGUGAGGGCCACAUCUAUUACUUAGAAGGACCACAGGUUGGGGAUCCCUGCUUUAGAAUCAAGAAAUAUUGCUUUUGAAUUUACUACAGUUAUUUAAAAUUUCUUGUGUGUGUGUCAUCUGAAGUGUUUCUCUUUUUGUGCUCAGAGCUGUUAUUAGCUAGAGGGUAUCUGAAUUGCACUAAGAAUUUAUUAGAAAUGAUUUUACUGCAUAUGAAAGCUGUUUUUUCCAAGUGUCUGUUUAUAAUGCACUUACCAGUUAUCAUUGUUACGCAUUUUUUAUACCAUAUAUGACUGAGUGUCUUGGUUGUCUUAGUGUUGAGCCUUGGUACAAGGAAAGCUUCUUGGAGAGUUAAGAAAGCAGGUGAACUUGUACAGUAGAAUGGGUGUUUGAGCUCACAAAUUAUUAUUAUUGUAAUUAGGAAAGCACUGCACCUGCAGGGGUUAUACAGCACUCGGGGAGUGGGAGAUCCAAAGUAAGAGAAGAUAGGUUUGGAUCAAGGAGCCUCCCUUGAAGGGCUCACGAGUUAAAAAAAAUGAUCUGCCAUGUCAUUUGAUAUAUAGUGUAGUUAGUAAUAAGUAUUCAACUAGUAUUGCUCCUUGUAAAUGUUAUUUACAUAGGCAUUAUAAGAAACUCUCCACCUGUCGAGUUUGACAAGAAAUUGCAUGCUGAGGUAGACUGAGGAUUUAAAAAUGAAUGAGGCUGUAAAGUGGUCAGCAGUUAAGGUUUUAGAGAAGUUCGUCUCUCUAUUCAAAGUAUUUCAGUGAUUUGGAGGCUUUUCAGGCAUGCCGUGAGAUCUAGGAUAGAGAUGUAGUGAAGGUUGGGACAUGGCAUAGCACUGGCACUUAAGACAGUCUUUAUCUUAAGAGGGGAUCAUUCAAAACUCAGGUAGUUAAAGGAUGGACAUGCAUUAAGCAUUCCUUAUGGUAAAAUGUGCUUAUCUAAACAUAUUGGCUUCAUCUUCAUGAUUAGCAUUAUGCCUCAUCAGUGUAUUUUGUGUAACUAGGAGACAGCCAGUGGCUGGACCUCUUCAGUGACAGUCAAGAUCAUACCCUCACUGUUUAUAAAAUGUUGCUUCUGAGUUUGAAUCUGUGUUUGUUAUAUAAGGGUUUUCCAAUAUGUAUCACGUGUGUGCAGAUGCCACAAAAUAUCAUUAAAAAGCAUGUCUUAAUUUGAGUUUCUUGUGCAGUGCUAUAAUAAGUCAAUGCAGGGAGAGUAUAUAUCCAUUGCAGCCUCUGUUGGUUUCCAGUUAAUCCUUGUUGGAAGAUGCAGCAACAACACAAUCAACUUUUGCCAAAGAAUUUCAUGGGCUCAUUACAUGUUGUGCUUGCUUUAACGGAUAAACAGUAUGUAUGUAAUUGGCAUUGGAAAUACAGUAGUCCCCCUGUGUCCACGGGGUGUACAUUCCAAGACCUGUUGUGGAUACCUGAAGCCGCGGACAGUAGCAAACCCUAUACAUAAGUUUUUUUUUUUGCUUGCUUACAUGAUAAAAUUUAAAUGAUAAAUUACGUACAAAACAUCAAGAAUUAGCUCUUUUUCAUUGACGUCAAGCACUUCACAGCUUCUCUUAGGCUUUGCCAACAUUACUUUUGCCCUUUGGUGUCAUUAUUCAGCAAAAUUAAGGGUUACUUUCUGGCCAUGGUAAAUCGUGGAUAGCUGAAUCUGCAGAUACAGGGGUACUACUGUAAUGAGCAAUGCACUGUGUUCCAGCCGGGGCUUUAGUUGAGGAAAUGUUUUUCUAAGUCAUUGAAAUAUACUCAUGACAAUAAGACUGACAUAUUCACUACUUGAACGUUUUCUUUUAGUAAGCACCUUAAUGAGCUUUUUGUAGUACAUACUGUAGUAAAUUUCCAUUAUUUUUAACAUUUCUUUGCAUUUGAAAUUAUCUUUUCAUUUCUUAUAUACUUUUUUCUAAAUAAAAUUGUGAAAAUAAUUUCUUGUUAAUUCACUUAAGUUCUUUUUUUUCAUGUGUGGCUUGUAUGUUGAUUUUAUUUGAUAAUUGACUUUAUUUUUAAAGGAUAGCCUGAGAGAGCAUUACUCUGUAAUUAAGAAAACUCGGCACAAAAAUGACUGCCAUGUUACAAAUGUAGUCCAAUAACAUAGCGGUUUACUCUUCUAUAAACUUUUUUAUUUGUUCGGAUGAAUAAAUAAUGCUCAUACUAUAUAUAUGUAGCUUUGUACAUACUGUAGGUCAUACUUUUAAUUUAAAAACUAUGAAGAUGCAGGUAAAUAAAUAUUAUAAUCUGUUACUUGAAGUGUUGUAAAAUAUUUCACAAUUCCUUCCUAGUUCCUAGAUAGAUAGAUGAUGAGAUAGAUUACUAGUAAUUGUUUCUUGACAGCAGGGAGGUGUGCAUGAUUGAUUUGUAAGAUGAAAGCAAUUGCAAGUGUUGAAGUUAGUUGUAAUUCAUAAUUUUCAUUAUUACUCAGUGGCAAUUGCUAACCCUUAGGGGUCAUUCAGUGCCUGAGCAAUGGAAUUCACUUAAAUUUGAUCCAAGGAAGUUGAUGGUAGCUUUAAUUCUUUGAAUUAAAAGGCCUUCAACAUCAAGGUGCCUUCCUUGAAGGGUCAUGAUUUGUAAGCCUGCACCUUAUUGGUAAACAAUGGUAGGCACUUCUAGCAAGAAUGAGGGAUUCCUAGGGUGGUAGCUAGUGGCAUUAGUUAGUAGCAUGGCUUGUUGUAACCAGCUGAAAGGUGUUAUAAAUAUGCACUCAUUAACAGUAUUGUGCUUGGUUUGAAUGAGAGAUACCAGCCACACACCUGUCCAGUGUUCUCUAGUAACUGCCCUAGACAGCUAGGGAAAUAAUGCAUCAUAAGGAAGGAAAUAACCUCAUUGGUAUAGAGUGGUAUUGUAAAUUACACAGCCUUUUGAGUUCUCUUGAGCUUGAAAGCCUAGUUAUAGAAAAUCAGUGAUUUUUGGUUGUCAAGGAGGCUACCAUCAGCUCUGCCACCAGUGCUGCCUCAACACUGUUUCUUGCUAAUAUGCAAUAAUCUGAGGUAGUCAUGAAAAAUUUUAGAAAAUAAUUGAAAUUAAUGUACAUUAGCUUUUGCUGAAUCUUAAGUACUAACAACUACAGAAUAUAUACAAGUAAAAAUGUACAGAGAUUAGUCAAAAGUGAUAACCUGUUACUAGUAAAACUGGGACUGAAGUCACAACAAUGUGGCUGGAAGAGUUCACAACUUCCACAAUUUAGACAGGGAACUUUAGAAGACACUAUAUAAGGAUAUUGAUUAAAAAACUACUACUGUAUCAGAUUGUGGUCACUUAGCAUUAAAUGCCAUUAGUACAACUGAUAAAAUUAAGAAUAUUUCAUAUUGGUGGAAGAUUGUUUUCUGAUGGCAGAGCUGACUGUAACGGCAUCAGUAGCAAAGUUAGCAAGGAUACUGCAAGUGACAGAGGUGAAGGAAGCAAGAGUAAAGUAUAUACAGUACGAGAGAGGAGACUGGUAACGAUUUUGCAGUAAUUUAUCAGAGAUUGGAAAUUCUAGGGGUACAAAAACUAAUUUAAAGAAUAUAACGUCACAAUACCAUGACUGAACAACACACAAAUAAUCUGCACAUUUGUCAUAAGCUUCAUUCUCCUAUGUGCGGCUUAUCUGUGUAAAACGAAUCAUGCUGGCAAUACCUUUUGUACAGUAAUUAUAAUUUGCUUAUUCAUGAAUGUUUCUAAUUUAAACAGUCAAGUAAUAAAUGUCUGGAAAAUA